GCUGCCCGGGCGCGAAGCGAACGCUGUGCGCCCGGUAGCCAUUCAAGCACCACGUGCCCAAUGCCGGCACGCAUCUUUUGCCUCGAGGGGAUUCCUCCCCGUCCUGCCACUUUGGAGUUUCCCUCCUCCUUUCCCUCCUCUCCCCUUCCGUCUGCGGGAAGGCCUACCCGACGCCUCGGAGCGAAAGAGCCCCGCUUCGGAUUAAGGCCCGCUCGCGCGGCUGCUCUGAUCUCCGCCCCGCCAGGCUGGGCCUGGCCGCUGCAGGGGAUUUAGCCUUCGCAGCAGCGCCAGCGAUGCCGCCGCCUGACCCAGCCACCCCGUGACUCUCUGCCUUCAGCUCGGCGGGAGAAACAUGAAGCAAAAAGCCUCCUGAAGCGGCGAGAGGAGGCUGCUUUGGGUGCUUGGCUGCCGUCGGGCCCGCUGCUCCUCAUGGCCUCUCCGAGGCUGGAGACCUUUUGCUGCCCCAACCGAGACGCGGCCUCGCAGCUGCUGCUCGCUUUCCAGCCGCAGGUCUUCUGCGGGGUUUGCCUGGGCAGCGCCUCGGCCGGCCUGGCGCUCAGCGCCCUGCAGCUGCUGCCCAAGAGGGGCCAAGGCGCCAGGAAGGUGCCCAAGGCGGCGGCGUCCUCGUCCUCCACCAUCCUGCUCCUCAUCUCCGCCUGCGACAUGCUGGGCGCUUUAGGUGUCAUCUUCAGAUCAACUGUCUGGUUAGGGUUCCCAGACUUCGUAGCAAACAUAUCUGUGGUGAAUGGGACGGAUGUUUGGCCUGCUGCCUUCUGUGUAGGAAGUGCGAUGUGGAUCCAGCUCUUGUACAGUGCUGGCUUUUGGUGGCUGUUUUGCUAUGCUGUAGAUUCCUACUUGGUUGUUAGAAGAUCGGCAGGGAUGAGUACAAUUGUGUUGUAUCACAUGAUGACGUGGGGCCUGGCGAUCCUGCUGUGCGUGGAGGGAAUUGCGAUGCUAUACUACCCUUCAGUUUCUAGUUGCGAAAAUGGUCUGGAGCAUGCGAUUCCACAUUAUGUCACGACCUACGUUCCCUUGGUGCUUGUUCUGGUGGCGAACCCAGUCCUUUUCAGCAGGACAGUCACCGCUGUUGCAUCCUUACUGAAGGGACGACAAGGGAUCUAUACAGAGAAUGAAAGGCGCCUGGGGACAGAGAUCAAAGUUCGCUUUUUCAAAAUCAUGCUGGUGGUCGUUAUUUGCUGGUCAUCGAAUAUCAUCAACGAGGGCCUCCUGUUCUACCUGGAAAUGCAGCCAGAUAUUAACGGAAGCCCCUUGAAACACGUCCGGAACGCUGCACUGAUCACGUGGAUCAUAAUGGGAGUACUGAAUCCAAUGCAAGGCUUCCUUUUUACACUGGCUUUCUAUGGAUGGACGGGCUGGAAGUUAGACCUGCGCUGGAGAAAAAGCGAAAUACCCUGGGAAUCGAUGUCCACGUCAACAGCUGCUGAAAAUGCUUACGGCUUGCCAAGUGGAAACUCUGUGAAUUUCCCCGACUCAAAGAACACGACAGCGGAGCCAAACCAUCAGGCGGAUGAAACCUUAAGCAUGCUGUCUGAAGGUUCUGAUGCUAGCACAAUUGAAAUCCAUAUCUCAAGUGGAGCCCAUGAAUUAGAUGGCAAUGAUGCUGAUGUUGAAUAAUUGGAAACGGUUUGUGGAGAGGAGCUGGAGGACACCCUGACACCCACUCCCCCCAAAAAGUCUAGCAUGGAGUGACAAGCAAGUCUUCCUCCUUUGAAAUUCAGAUUUGCCACCACUCUUCGGCCAGCAUCUCCCCCACAAGCCUGAUCACACUUCCCUUGACUGACUUUUGACAGCUUUCUAGUCCUCAGUCUGCUAAAGCACAUAACCAAUUCUGAACAUGAGCCUGAACCAUGUUCAGAUUCAGUAGCAAGUGUUAAAACAUUCCAAUCCACAAAAUCACCACCAUGCUUUAUUUUUGCCUCUAAACGUUGCUGGGAUGUGUAAAAGGUCCCAAAUGUCAUGAUAUAUGCACACACAACAUGAAUACUGAAAAAGUA